AUGAACGAUCAUAUUACGGAGUCAUCUACAACAACUAAAACAUUUCGUUUUAGUUCAGGUCAACUAUUGACACUGACUGACGACCAAAUCGAGAAAAUUCCUUAUUUAACUGCAUUGGUCUCUGCUGGACCUAGUUUUGAUUCAAUUAAACUCAGUAAAGGAUAUUAUUUACUCGAUUCUAACAUCAAUUACAGAGAUUUUCUGUUUGUUCUUGAGUCAAUUUCAUUUCAUUCGAUACGAAAAAUAUUUAUUCGUCUACCUAAAAAUUAUAAUGUUUUGGCUAUUAUUGCUCUGUUGGAUUUUCUUGCUAUUGAAUCUGAAAGAGGUCCAACUCUCGAAGAAGUCGAUUCGAAAAUUUUUUGGAAUUUUCAGUUUGGUGAUAAACUAGGUCAGUAUCAAUUUAUUUAUCUACCAUCUGAUAUUCAAGAUAUGGCUGUUCGAUUUGCCAUUGCUAUGACAAAAGAAGAAUAUGAUUUUACAAAUCGAAAAGUAAUCGAUCAAGUAUAUUGGUUCAUUAUGUUUAUUCUUAGUUGUUAUGAACUAUUUGAAACAAAUCUUCGUUAUCAUGUACACAAAACUGCUCAAAAUUGUUUUCUAUAUUUUGUCCAUCCUUAUUAG